ACACAGUAUGUAAGGUCUUUUGACGGUUUCUAUGAUGGGUCCCUGAGAAAGCCCCAGGGCAACCAGAAUACUCAUCCACUUCGCACUCGCGUCCGUCGUUCAUCUCGCACAAUGGCGGACUCGCCAAGGUCCGUUGCGAUGACGACGAUCACUGCAAAAAAGAUGGGAUAUAUACCAAGAAUGGUUCGUCCGGCUUUGGAUGAUCGAUCCAGACAACACCUCCAUCAACAGCACCGACAAACACAUCAGAUCAACGAACGCAACCGUGCCCCUAUCGAAGCCAAAAGGCCAAAAUCAUAAGAUAAACACUUUACCCUCGGCGUACACAUGUCAUCCAAUUUCUCCUUCGAGCUGGGCGGGGCCCCAUACACCAUCCCCUCGCCCUCAGAGAAGCCCAUCGCCUAUAUCGCCACCAUCAUCCUCUUCGUUAUCCUGGCAUACGCCCUCGGCGAUCAUGGCGCCAAGCUGCCCGAGAUCAACCCGCUCAAGCCGUUCGAGUUUUCCAACACGCGCCGCAUCCUCGAGUUCUACCAGACGAGCAAGGAGCUCAUGCUCAAGGGCAGAGCAAAGUUUGGCGACAACCCGUUCAACCUCAUGACGGAAUGGGGCAAUGUCAUGGUUCUGCCCCCUGACUUUAUCCACGAGCUUCGCAGUAAUCCCUCUCUGGCUUUCGAGGAGCCUGCUAAAGAUGAUUCCCACGGCUAUAUCCCUGGUUUCGAAACCUUUGAUGGCGACGAAGCCCUUCCGAGAGUCGUCACAAAGUACUUGACAAAGGCCUUGACCAAACUUACAAAGCCCCUUUCCGAAGAGUCCACACUCGUCCUCCGCCAUGUCCUCACCGACUCGACUGAAUGGCACAAAAUAAGCCCCCAGCAUGACAUAAUGCGCAUCGUCUCCCGCCUCUCCUCCCGCGUCUUCGCAGGCGAAGACCUCUGCCGCGACGAAGAAUGGGUCCGCGUCUCCUCAGAGUACACCGCCGCCGCCUUCGGCGUAGGCUACGAAGUCGGCCAGUGGCCUCGCUGGUCCCGCCCCAUCGUCCACUGGUUCCUCCCCUCGUGCUGGCGCGUCCGCGCCCUCCUCGCCGAGUGCCGCAAGACCCUCCAGCCGCACGUGGAGCGCCGCGAGCGCCGCAAAGCCGAGGCCCUGGCCGCCGGCAAGACGGGCGCCGUUUUUGACGAUGCCAUUGAGUGGUUCGAGAAGGAGUCCUCGCGCAAGCCUGACCCGGCCACGCAGCAGAUUUCCCUCUCGCUCGUCGCGAUCCAUACCACGACUGAUUUGCUGACGCAGACGAUGAUUGACUUGGCGGAGCACCCUGAGCUGGUCCAGCCUUUGCGUGAUGAGCUCGUUCGCGUACUCAGCGCGGAAGGGUUGAAGAAGACGGCCCUGUAUAACCUCAAACUCAUGGACAGCGUCAUCAAGGAGUCGCAGCGCAUGAAGCCCGUCCUACUCUCAACCUGGCGCCGCCUCGUCAAGAAGGACGUAACCCUCUCCAACGGCUUCGUCCUCCGCAAGGGCCAAAAGAUCAUCGCCACAAACACCCACAUGUGGGACACAAAGUACUACGAGAACCCGGCCACCUACGACGGCUACCGCUUCCUCAACAUGCGCGGCACCGAUGAGGAGAAGAACGCGCACCUAGUCAGCACCAGCGCCAAGCACCCCGGCUUCGGCCACGGGCAACACGCGUGCCCCGGUCGCUUCUUCGCCGCCAACGAGGUCAAGAUUGCGUUGGCGCAUUUGCUGCUCAAGUAUGACUGGAAGUUUCCCGAUGGCUUCAAGCCGCAGAUGAUGCCGCAUGGUAUGGUUUUGUUGCCGGAUCCUUCUGCGACGCUGUUGAUUCGUAGGAGGAAGGAGGAGCUUGACCUGGACUCGUUGGAGUGUUGAUUUGAUUUGAGUUAGAUUCUGACAUGAUUUUGAACUCUUCACUCUGCUGUAGAUGGAACUGAUACACACCAUCUUGAGCGCCUUGUUUAUAUCUUAGAUUGAAAGAGUAGUAGUUAGAUGACCAGGUGUCUUUUGAAGUUGUAGCAAUUCACC